UUCGGAGGCGCGCGCGCACCACCGUGCAGUCCCGGCCCGGUACGCUAUCGCAUCGCACUAGCAAAAGCUUCUGCUAGCUUGCAUCGCGCGGGAAAAUAAACACGCACUUCCGCAGUUCUUGUGUUGUUCUUGUAUUACUUGUGAUUGUAUUUAAUAUCCGUUGUCAACAUUUUGUGGUAGCAUCAGUAAGGUAAUCGGGGCAGAUAGCAUUAACGGUUGGCUCCGCGCUCGAGUGUGGCAGACCGCAAGCAUGACGAGCGCCAGAGGCUGCGCUCUCGUGCUCAUCUACUUGGUUGGAAGUUCGUUUGCGCAGGACUACGAUGUAACGGAUAUCCAAUGUACAUUUUCAAACGGAGGGACUGGGAUACGGGAUUCCGUGACGGCAUUGCUGAGGAAGCCAGAAGGUUUUCGAGGCGCACCUCUGUUCGCUGAUGACAGAACGACUGACCCCAUUGUUGACCCAGUCUGCCAAAUCAGACCUGAGCCAGACGAUCCCACCGGUCUGCUGUAUAGGUUACGGAUAUCAGACUUCACAAAAUGUGGCGUGUUGAAACGAAAUGGUUUCGUGCACGUCCGAGUGUGGUUUCCACAAUUUCCAGGGGUUGUGAUGCAGUCGGACCAAGAAUUAAUUAUAAUGUGCAAGCCUCCAGAGCCCACCAUCAUUGAGAAUAAGGCUGCGGGAUUUGCCGGUAGCUUUCCGCAUGGCGCUCGCGUAUCAGGUGUGGUGGAAGAAACGCCAGGUCGUCUAGAGUAUGAAGUAGCUCUGUAUAAAGAGGCCCCACCUGUCUCCAGGCACUCCAACCACUCAGUAGACAUGCCUGUCGAUCAGGUAAAUACUGCGGUGCCAAUUGGUACAAAACUUCAAUUACGAGCACGAAUUAAUCCGGACUCGGCAUGGCGUCACAUCAAAUUGUUGGAAGUUGCCGUGUCACCGGAUCCGGACCGACCACACGCCUCGGGCGCUGUGCUUUUAGUGAAAGACGGGUGCCGAAACCGUGACUUUGCAUCAAUCAUACCCCACCAGCCCGCGCGGUACCGAGAGCGCCACAAUGAGGUAUUCUUGGACUUCGAAGCCUUCCUUCUAGCAUCUAUGAAGGAACGCUCUACUUUGUGGAUCCAUUCACAAAUUAAAGCCUGCAUGGAAGCUGCUGAUUGUCAACCGGAUUAUUGUCUUGAUUUAUAUGAACCCUCAGGACACGGACGGCGAAAAAGAUCUUUGCCAGAGAUAACAGAGUCCCAUAACAUCACCAGUUCUUCAUUAACUGCUGACAACGGCAGUACGCCGUUCACCCGUUUCAAGGAGAACUUAGAGUACACUGUUGUCAUGCCGGGAGAGCUCUUCCAUAGAACACCAAUAGAAGUCACUUGCGCUACUUCCAUGAUGGUGGCAGUGGCUCUCGGGACGUUACUGUUUAUGUCCGCAUUACUGAUGUGUUAUCUCGCGACCAGAUUAAAUUCCACGAUGAUGAAAAACAACAAUCUUCAGGCACCACCUGGGAAAGGGUUUGAACAAAUCUUGAGGGAACUCGCCCACCAUUCCAUCCCCGACACCGGCUACACAGGACGACCCACCGUGCAAUAAACUAUUUCAUUAUUAUCUUUAUGAUAAAAUGUUAAGGAACAAUGCUAUAAAAUUACAACAUAGGCAAUAGUGUAAAAUAAUUUCUCAAAAACCUCUUAAUAUAAAUUAAAAUAAUUAUUUAUAGCAAAAAUCGAAACCGCCUUCAAAUGGUCAGAAAUCAACCCAUCCAGUCCAAACUUCUGAGGUAACAAAUCCAAAACAAUACAUUCAAAUAGAGAUCCUCUUCAUUUUUUCAAAAAAUCAAGUGUCAAGUCAAUCAACAUCGAGUAAAAGAAUAAAAUCAGCAAAAUUAUGAUCAAUUUAAAGCUUUGUGAUUUACUUUAUCUUACACUCAAAUUAUGAGCUUAAAUUUGGUGAUUUGUUUGAAGCCCAAAUUCCACAACGUUUGGAAAUUAAUAAAGGAGUUCAAAGGUCCGUUUGGUUUCGCAUAAUUUAUAAUAUACUUUCAGUUUCGCAUACUUUAAGGUAUCUGACAUUAUUGUACAAUAGCUUACAAUUCUAUACAACGUGUUUGUUUGAAAAAAA